CAGUAAAUACAAAUAGGCUAUGUGAGUCUUAGUAGUUCGUGCACAUUACAUGAAUGUAAUAACAUGCGAGUCAAGCUAAUUCAGCAACUCUCAAAUGUUUUUGAUGCACAAGAGCCGACUCCUAAGAAUCAUUCUUUGGUCGCGUUGUAUGUUUUUGAAUCACUAAAAACAGCCGACUCAUAAGAGUCAUUCAUUCGGGAAUCGACACCACUGAGCUGUUGCGCUGAACAGUAGUGCAGGAAACACUGUAUUUUAGUAUGUGUUCCACGAAGUCUUUCGGUUCGUUUGUUUUUUACCGAAACGGUUCACGGUUCCCAAGUAGUAAACAAUGCGCAAGGGGUUAAUUCGUGCUGGUGUGAGCGGCGAGAGAGAGAGGCUGGAUGUUUGGCUGUGUGGGAGGCGCCUCUGGGCUACUGACGUCCGAUUCACUCGUAGUUUGAUUUGUCAACAGAGAGCUGGGCGUCCUCUCCCUCUACACAAAACGGGCUUUACACAGAGUAGAGAUUCUGAGAGAGGAUGCACACAGAUAUGUUGGCAGACAAGGACCACGUAGCACUUUUCGUGGUCGACACAGACCUCUGACUUAUUUAAGCGAACGUCUUGCAGCGUAUUACUUUCACUGUAAUUGGCGCCAGAUCAAGGAAUCUUGAGGAUGCGAUGAGAAAGAGGAAAAAGUCUUCGAGCUGGAAUAUUUCCACCGGACGGAAACCUUAAAAAGGACAAGAAAGAGUGGGAAACAGCUCAGCAAGCUGCCAGUAUGCUAUGAAAUCGUGACUUUGUCCUUGAGGAAGAAGAUGGCUGCAGAACUCUAUCCUGCCAGCAUAAACACCAACCUUCCAAACAGUAACAGCACAGCAGUAACAGCUGCCGGCAAAAAGACCAUCGUCCAAGUCACUCAGACGGUGACCACGCCGACUACAACUGCCACUCAGCAGAACAUCAACAAUAAUAACGUCGAGACUGCCAGCUGGCAGUCCACCCAUCCGACACUGCGAGAGAGGAAUGCUUUGAUGUUCAAUAACGAACUCAUGGCAGAUGUUCAUUUUGUUGUGGGUCCUCCUGGCGCAUCCCAAAAAGUUCCAGCACACAAGUAUGUGCUGGCAGUGGGGAGUUCUGUUUUUGGUGCCAUGUUUUACGGAGAUCUAGCGGAAGGAGAAUCUGAGAUUCAUAUUCCUGACGUGGAGCCUGCUGCUUUUUUAAUCCUUUUGAAGUACAUGUACAGUGAUGAGAUUGAACUUGAAGCGGACACAGUGCUGGCCACUUUGUACGCUGCCAAAAAGUAUAUAGUGCCUGCACUGGCGAAGGCCUGUGUCACCUUUCUGGAGACGAGCCUAGAGGCCAAAAAUGCCUGUGUGUUGUUGUCCCAGAGUCGACUGUUUGAGGAGCCUGAGCUGACCCAGCGGUGUUGGGAGGUCAUUGAUGCUCAGGCUGAGCUGGCACUUCGCUCUGAGGGUUUCUGUGAGAUUGAUCUUCAAACGCUGGAGAUCAUACUAAAGCGAGAGACCCUCAACACCCGGGAGGCGGUGGUCUUCCAGGCGGCUCUCGAUUGGUCUGUGGCUGAAUGCAAAAGGCAAGGACUGGGACCGACCACUCGUAAUAAAAGGGCAGUGCUGGGCAAGGCUCUCUACUUGGUUCGCAUCCCAACCAUGACCCUGGAGGAGUUCGCCAACGGAGCAGCGCAGUCAGACAUUUUAACGCUGGAAGAGACUCAUGAUGUCUUUCUGUGGUACACAGCAGCUAAUAAGCCCAAGCUGGAAUUCCCACUGCAAAAAAGAAAGGGUCUGACACCACAGCGCUGCCAUCGUUUUCAGUCCUCGGCUUAUCGUAGUAACCAAUGGCGCUACCGCGGACGCUGUGAUAGCAUCCAGUUCGCGGUAGACAAGAGGAUCUUCAUCGCAGGUCUCGGCUUGUAUGGUUCCAGCGGUGGAAAGGCAGAGUACAGCGUCAAGAUCGAACUCAAGCGCCAAGGAGUGACCCUGGCCCAGAACCUAACGAAAUUUGUUUCAGAUGGAUCCAGCGGCACCUUCUCUGUAUGGUUUGAACACCCGGUCCAAGUGGAGCAGGACACUUUCUACACAGUCAGUGCCAUAUUAGAUGGGAAUGAACUUAGCUACUUUGGACAGGAGGGUAUGACGGAAGUGCAAUGUGGAAAGGUGACCUUCCAGUUCCAGUGUUCCUCGGACAGUACCAAUGGAACUGGUGUGCAGGGGGGUCAGAUCCCAGAGCUGGUUUUCUAUGCCUGAAAUUGUCAGGACGUCCCAUUGCAGUGCAUUCCGCUCACUGGAAUUAGGAUGGAUUGAAUACAGGGUCUCGUGAGGCUCUUGCCUUUAUUAUGUAGCAAUGGUGAACUCGAUGGUAAUGGCUCUUCAGUUCCACAACGAGCUCAGAUGGAAGGAAUGUUCUUCAGCUUUAUUUAUUGCAAAAAAUAUAUAUUUGAUUUAAUUAUUGAUGCUGCAGCAAGCAGAUCUCUAUAUAUAUAUAUAUAUAUCUAUAUAUAAAUGAGAUAGUUGUACUGCUUUGAUAGUGGACAGAAGCCACUAGUGUCAUGUUUUGUACAUAACUUAUUUGUUUUCAGCUUGAUGCUGAUUGACAAAUAAAAUGUCUUGUAUUAGUGAUCAGCUUCCUGAAUUGCAGAUUAUAAAUGUUUUUGUGACUCAA